AUGGUACAAAAUCACAUUAUCGAUUCAUUGUCUGAUCGUCUUAUGCACGAUGUCCAGAUCUUUGACGAUUUAUUGAAGCUUAUACCCGCCAAGUUCUAUGUGAUGGAUAAGAGCGAAGAAGCCAACGGCAAAUUCCAGCAUAAUAAGCGUAAGAAGGCACCCAAGCAAGCUAUCAAAGAGGCCACCAAGAAGGCCAAAAAGGCAAAGCUGGAUCCUAGCAAUGCCAAAUCGAUAGCAGAAGUGCAACAAGAAAAAGCAAAGCAGCUUGCUGAGCAAGAAGAGAAUGAAUCUGAAGUCGAAUCUGCUGAUGAGGACGACGACAAUGAGAGCGAGGACGGCGAUGAUGAUGAAGCACCAGAGGAAAAGAUGGACAUUGAUUCAGGUGCAUUCAGUGGACUCGAUGACAAUGAAUCAAUCACGACUGAAUCCACCACCUCCCAAGAACCUGUAAACGUUCAACCUAUGGAAAAGAGCGAUAUUACCCAGCUUCGCAAUCGCCUCAAUGAGCGUAUCAACCAACUGCGUCAAAAGCGUAAUGCGCCUGGCGCCAAUACUGCUAAUCCUAGAAGCCGUGAAGACAUUCUGGCAGCCAGAAACAAAAAGAAGGAGGACAGAAAGAAGGCAAUAAAGGCACAAAAGGAGAAGGGCGGUAAAGCUGCAUCCGAGGAGCUUGUCAAAUUCGAUGAUAGAAAGACUCCUGCUGACAAAACCCGUCCCUCUGCUGAUUCUAUCAAGAUGGAUGGCGAUGUGUUCUUUGGUAAGCUCGCUGUUGGUGCAAAAGAUCAAAAGAAGAAAAAGGGACCUUCCGAUGCCAAAACACAACUCAAGAUGUUAGAAGCAAAGAAGGAGAAGCUUGAAAAGUUAAAGGAGGAGAACAAAUCCAAGGCAGAUGAGUUGAUUGAAAAGGACGAAUGGAACAAGGUGAUCGCCUUGGCUACCGGUGAGAAGCCCAAGGACGACGCUAAAUUAUUAAAGAAGACCAUCAAGAGACAAGAGAAGCUUAAGACAAAGAGCGGUCAAGAGUGGAAUAAGCGUAUCGAAAAGGUCAAAUACGAUGAAAAGAAGCACAUCAAGAAGAGAGAGGAGAACAUCAAAGCAAAGAUUGAGGAAAAGAAGAACAAAAAGAGAGGCAUCAAGAUGAAGCCUGCUGCCAAGAAGGCUCGUCCUGGUUUUGAAGGUGGUAAACGCAGUAAAGGUGGCAAGGUGACAAAACCUAGUCCUCCCAACAACAAGGGCAAGAAAUAA